CAGGGGCGCGCGGGCUCCCUCCGCUCACGCACCGCCUGAGCUGCCGCCGUUGCUGCCGCCGCCGCGGGCCGCCCGAGGGCCUGGCUUGGGAGGUCGGCGGGGCCCAGGCGGCGUCCGCCGGAGCUUCAGGCUUAUUUGUCACCAUGAAGCUGCUACACCCAGUGGCCUUUAACUGCUUCCAGCUGAUCCUGCUCAGUUUAUGGAGUGCUGUUCCUGAAGCUCAAGCUUUGUCCACAGGGACGCCAACCAUCAGUGCAGUCUCUUUCCUGCAGGACCUCCUGCAUCGCUAUGGGGAGGGUGACAGCCUCACUCUGCAGCAGCUGAAGGCCCUUCUCAACCACCUGGAUGUGGGGGUAGGCCGGGACAAUGUCACCCACACCCUGCACGGACAGAGAAACCUCUCAACGUGCUUUAGCUCUGGAGACCUCUUUGCUGCCCACAACUUGAGCAACCAGUCACGGAUCGGAAGGAACGAGUUCCAGGAGUUCUGUCCCACCAUCCUCCAGCAGCUGGAUUCCCGAGCCUGCUCCUCUGAGAACCAGGAAAACGAGGAGGAUGAGCAGAUAGAAGAGGGGAAGCCAAGUGCGAUCGAAGUGUGGGGCUUUGGCUUCCUCAGUGUUUCACUGAUUAACCUGGCCUCUCUCCUGGGAGUCCUCGUCCUGCCGUGCACGGAGAAAGCAUUUUUCAGCCGUGUGCUCACAUACUUCAUCGCCCUGUCCAUUGGAACGCUGUUCUCUAACGCGCUCUUCCAGCUCAUCCCAGAGGCUUUUGGUUUCAACCCUCUCGAAGAUUAUUAUGUCUCCAAGUCUGCAGUGGUGUUUGGGGGCUUUUAUCUUUUCUUUUUCACAGAGAAGAUCUUGAAGAUGCUUCUUAAGCAGAAAAAUGAGCAUCAUCAUGGACAUAGCCAUUAUGCCUCUGAGACACUUCCUUCCAAGAAGGACCAGGAGGAGGGGGUGACCGAGAAGCUGCAGAAUGGGGAUUUGGACCAUAUGAUUCCUCAGCACUGCAGCAGUGAGCUGGAUGGGAAGGCCCCCGUGAUGGACGAGAAGGUCAUCGUGGGCUCACUCUCUGUCCAGGACUUGCAGGCUUCCCAGAGUGCCUGCUACUGGCUCAAAGGCGUCCGCUACUCUGAUAUCGGCACUCUGGCCUGGAUGAUCACCCUGAGCGACGGCCUCCAUAAUUUCAUUGAUGGCCUGGCUAUUGGUGCCUCCUUCACCGUGUCUGUUUUCCAAGGCAUCAGUACCUCAGUGGCCAUCCUCUGCGAGGAGUUCCCACAUGAGCUAGGAGACUUUGUCAUUCUGCUCAAUGCCGGGAUGAGUAUCCAGCAGGCUCUCUUCUUCAACUUCCUUUCUGCCUGCUGCUGUUACGUGGGUCUGGCCUUUGGAAUCCUGGCUGGCAGCCACUUCUCUGCCAACUGGAUCUUUGCACUGGCUGGAGGAAUGUUCUUGUAUAUUGCUCUGGCUGAUAUGUUCCCUGAGAUGAAUGAGGUCUGCCAAGAGGAUGAAAGGAACGGGAGCGUGUUGAUCCCCUUUGUCAUCCAGAACCUGGGCCUCUUGACGGGUUUCACCAUCAUGCUGCUCCUCACUAUGUAUUCAGGACAGAUCCAGAUUGGGUAGGGCCCUGCCAGGAGCCGGUGGGAUUGGAAGUUGGCUCUGGGCCGCCCAGUCCCUGGCCCAAGGACUCGGCACCCGCGACGCACCUCCAAAGUGGCAGUUGUAUUAAAGACUGUGACACGGACUGUACUCCCGCAUUCAGAUGUCAGCUGUUUUUACACAUGCUCUGUCCUAGGAAUAAGCUGCCCCGGCAACCAGUGUCUAGGUAGUGCCUCUCUCCCAUCUCUCCCCCUUUCUCAGACUGACCCUGGAACCUUGAAUGCAGCUUACUUAGCAGGCAAGCCUAACUUUUUUCUUUGGUUACCCUGGCCUCUUUCUCUUCGAACCAGCACUGAGAGGUUUUGUACCAUCGCCCUACAAUGCAAAAAUACCACCAGUGUUCAUGACUUGGUUCAUAGUAAUGGGAGGCAAAUCUGGGGUUUCAGGGCCCAUGAAUCUAAAUGUGUGUCCUGGACCUCAAGAUGACCCAUUUUGAAGUAGAUUCACCUAUUUUUACAGAGAAAGGGUCCAGGGAACAAGAACCCCUCCUAUUUUUUUCAAAGUCUGUCCAGUUGCCUGUUUUCUCAGAGAGAACUGAAAGUUGGAACACGUGUAGGGCAGGAGAGGAGCAUAAGAAUCAUCAUUGCGUGCGAGGUGGGUGGCUAGCAGUGAUGGUUGUGCCCUGUCAUGAUGGUUACCUGUCCCCCUGGCAUGCUGCAGCUGCGAUCUCAUGACUGUACCAGUGAGCUCGCAUUCCCCACUGGUGGGCCGCUGCAUGGGGCCAGUUGCCUGGACCACCUCCCCUUCUUUUACAUUAACACUGACAGAAUGGAAGGCCAAGAAUGGAGACCUGCAAGAUACCAGUUGGUUUUGCUAUGAUUUCCACCUCCCCUUCCUCCCCUCUCCCUUCUGAGAGAUUUUUAUCUGCCUCCAUAGAAGCACAUUCUGAGCACACCCAGUCUUGUAUUUGAGGGGAGACUGCACAAAUUUCCCUCCCCUGGUCACCACUUCUGCUGCAAAGUGGCAAUCCAAUCACUUGCAGAAUCGGGUGCAGAUCAUGCUCUUCUUAGACAAAGGUGAUCAGAAAUGGAAUCGGUGCGGGCACAGUUUAGGAUUUCGUAAAUAAAAAAGUACGAGUCAUGGAAGUCUGAGUUGGAAGAUCCAAGUGCUCAGAUGGGGCACUGCAGAUGUUUGCAGAACGGGAGCUUCCUGGUGAUGCCACGAGUGGGUUUUAGGUUCCCCUUCCUCCCUCACCCCAAGCAAGAAAGGGCGAAUCCUAGACUGAACGGAACAUGAAUUGCUCUAACCCUCUUCAGAAGAUGGAUUGAUAGGCUUGUCUGUGAGACUGUAGGCCAGCCCCAGGCACUGUGGAGCCGUUGCCUCGGAACUCUGGCUUCAGGGGGAGCUCAUCUCCAGGUUCACUAGGUGAAUUGAUUUAUUAUUAUCAUAUUGAUAAUGUGAGAUUCUUAGCCACUUUGGGGAGCCAGUCUCCCCAGAAGCCUUUUUUAGUGGUGCCCACAGUUGCAGCCCAGGGGCUGUGCUCACUAACUGAUUUGUGUGCAUGACUCACAGGUGUGCUGGUCAUGGCCCACACCUGUGAGCUUUUCUGUUCUUACACAGGAAGACUUUCCACAACACAAUAAUUAAAAGCCACAUCUCUUUUGGUUUUUCCUCUUCUUGGGAAAUGGCCCUCAAAUCAGGAAUAGUCUUGAAAAGAGUAUGAGCGGGAACACUGCUGGCUAUGCUUUAUAAGUUUUUCUCCUUCUCUUGCCUGUUGACUUGGAGAGAUUUGAGAAGGGGCUGAAGAAGAAGGAAAACUUGAGUUCUCAAGAUUCUAGAGUAAAUAUCAGGCCUGACUCCUGAUAGGAUUAUGGUCCAAUUUUACCAAAGAACCAAUUCCUCGAAUGUUGGAAUCUAACUUUUUAUAUUAUCAUUGUUUUUUAUUAUCGUUGUUGCUGUUUUAAAAACGGUUCUUUGUCUUCUCUGUUUUAUUUUCCUGUGUCUGACUUUGCUUUCAGGAGCUAGCAGCCAGUAACAAACUUUAAGACUUUACAGAGAUUUUUCUUUCCCUAAUUCACAUUAAUGUAUGAAAUUUAUAAUUUUAGCAUUCCCUAUAGAUCCGUCAUUCCUUACAAAUACCGAUCUUCUUGGAGUAGAAUACUAAGUUAGAGGUAGUGGGUUCCUAGUUUUAGGAGAAGAGCUUGAACAUGUAAUUGUUAUCAAAUUUAAAAAUCAAGUAUGAAGUAGUAGGGUGCUUUCCCUUUUCAUGCACAUCUAUAUUAACUUAAGAACUUUUCCUUUCAUAGACAGCUGCCUCAAAGAGAAAUUCUCUUUAAACUGUAAUUGGUCCAGAGACCAGUCCUGGCUGGAACUCAGGAGGGGUGGAGGCAUGCAAAUAGUACAAUCGAGUCUGUGUUGCCAUUGGCAGCAGAUUUGCCUCGAGCAUUGAAAAUGUGGCAAUUCCUUUUUGACUUUGAAGUAUUGGAUUUGCUGUUUUAAGCAUUUGUACAUAUUAGAAGUCUGAAGAGUAGCAAGCUUUGAGAACUUGUUCACCCCUGGCAUUAGCACCUUUGACAUCUUUCCCCAGGUGACCAGCUCCUAAUGUCAACUAGGAAAGCCUGUAUCACGAAUAGGAGCAGUGACCCAGGAGCAGGCUUCUGCUGCUUUUACCCUUGCCCUGGCCAGCAGGUUGCCUUUUGUCCUCUCCCCGCCGCCCCCCCCCCCCCAAGAGGUGUUUAGGAUCUUUUGUUUCUAGUGUCAACUCAGGGCUUUUCCUCAUAGGUUCUUUGCCCUGGGUUUAAAAGAGGAGGCGUCUCUGGGUGUCCUAAGACCUGUCUUUAGGAAGUCCCAUUCCAAAGAGAUGGUAGUAUUCUGGAAGUCUGCUUAAAAACAAGAAGCUGUCUGAUUUUUGCAAAAGAGCGAGGUUAGGUUUUUAUUCAUCUUUUCUUUUACAGUUCUGCAGUUCCAUCACAGUGUUUUUUUUCAAUAACUCAGGUGUUAAUGAGGAUAAAUUAGAAAAGAAAAUAACUUAUGUGGACUGUAAAUGUUUUAUUUGUAAGAUUCUAUAAAUAAAAGCUAUAUUCUGUACUGCUGAA